GUUGCCGUAUAUCAAUGAGACCGCUGUCGCUCUUCGAGAUGAAUACUCCUUCUCGUCAGAUAUCUCUUCACCAUCAUGACGGCUCAAGUUUCUGAGACAACGUUUGUUCACCCACAACUUGGUCGAGUGAAAGGAAUACAUGCUGCGGACGGUGUCGACAAAUUUCUUGGAAUCAAGUAUGCCACUAUUUCGGCAAGAUUUGAGGAUCCUCAGCUAUUUGAAGCAGUAGAUCCCGAUGCAACAAAAUAUGGACCUCCUGCUCCUCAACCCCCCGGAGGUUGUGCUGCUGAACUCGGAUAUAUCGGCCAAAAAAUGGAAUUACCUCCAAUUGAAAGUCAGCCUUCAGAAUUCGAGUGUUUGAAUCUCAAUAUCACAAAACCAAGCAAAGACUAUGGCUUCCCAUUGCCUGUGUUUGUAUGGACGCACGGUGGCGGGGUUGUUGUAGGUGCCAAUUGCUGGCCGCAGUUCGACAUGGUCCGAUUGGUGGAGCAGUCAAUCGCAAUGGGAAAGCCGGUUAUUGGAGUUGGGUUGAACUACCGCCUUGGUCCCUUGAGUUCUUUGACUUCUACAAGUAUGGCUGAAUAUGGUCUUGACGGCAACAACUCGUAUAAAGACGUGGUGGCAGCUUAUGAGUGGACUCAUAAGUACAUUUCCGGAUUUGGUGGCGAUCCAAAAAAUAUAACGGCCAUUGCAGAGAGUGCUGGUGCCAUUAUUAACUCGAUGGUUCUGCAACUCGAGAAGCCCAUGUUCCGUCGCGCUGUUUUAUUCUCGGGAGCGCAACCUGUCAACCCCCCGGUUCCUUUGACUGAGCACGACAAGGUUUUCAAAAACGUGCUAAAAACUCUUGAAAUAUCAGAGGAUCUGCCGAUUGACAAAACCUUGGAGGCUUUGAGAGCGAUUCCGUCAGAAGAGUUUACUCUAAAGCUACUUCCGGUAACUCCUUUCUCAUUUGCACAAACCAAAUCUGUUAAGCACUGGCCCAUGACCUACUUUGCAAAUCCCGAACUGGACUUCCUUCCAGGACGAAAAUGGUGCGAACAUCUCGUUUUGAGUGACUGUGAACAUGACGGUACAAUCAUGACUCGAUGGCUAGUUUCACGAAAGGAAGGGAUUAAUGCGGCGUUUCGCGCUCACGUCUUGAAAAGUUUCUCCGACGCUCCCGAGCUGGCCUCGCUAGUGCUGUCGGAAUAUGGCCUCGCAGAGGACAUUGAUGAUGCAACUGCAUACGGUCUGAUUGAGGAGCUGAUCAACGAUGUAUGUUUCUAUUCGAUAAACGUACUGUUUGCCCGUGGAUACAGAGAUCCUUCACGCGUCCAUCUGAUACACAUUAACGUCACGGAUAAAUGGCCAGGCGCAUAUGUGUCCAACGGAACUCCACAUACAUUUGACUUGGCUUUGUUAUUCCAAAAUCUCCGGGAAAAGAUGGAUGACGAGACUGCGAGGAUCUCCAAAGCUUUUGCGGCAGAUAUACUUGAGUUUGUGAAUGGAGGCGUCAAGUAUCCGGUAUUCAAGGGCCCAGGUCAUGGUAGCGAGAAUUCGACUGUCUAUAGCGAGCGUGGGGCGGAUGGGUCUAAGCUAGUGGCGACUGAAGUGGAGGCUAGGCGUCGCGUGAAAGUCUUUGAUCUGGUAGAGAAGGUUGAAUGGGAUGCAUUGUCUAAAUGCUUGCAGAGUUUUGUCUUUGGAGGUUAGAGUAUGUUAAUAAAGACUGUCUUAGGAUAGUGGCUUGAGCAGGGGCCAGUGCAGCGACAGGAGUGAAUAAAGUCGACUUUAUCCAAUACGGAGGUUUAAGAGCACGUAGUUUGUUCCUGGC